CAUUUUUUAAAUAUUCUUUUUCCAAUUUAUUAUUGAAGAACAAUUACCCCCAUACUAGAAAAUCAAUACAUCAUCAAUCCAAAUCCAAAUCCAAAUCCAAAUCAAAAUCUAAAACCAAAAUCCUUAUAUACUUUUUACUUGAGACAUAGACAAAACUGGAUUUUAUGAUUCAAAACCUCCAAACAAUUCUGUCUCUCUCUCUCUAACACUCCAUUAAUGGACAUCCGAAAACCGGAGGAUUCAGCCAUCCUUCCAUUCACAGUAUGGUUCAUCUCCAUAUACAUGGUGGGAUACUUUAUGAGCUUCAGAAAGUGGGGGAAAAAGCAGAGAGGCGAAGCAUCGAGCUGUCUCAUCUCCCUGGCUCACGGCACCCCCGCGCUAAUCCUAUCACUCCUAUCCUCAUCCCAUCUGGACUUAUCGUCGCCAAACACGGCCUUCCACAACCUAGUUCUGGACCACAGCAUUGCCUAUUUCGCGACGGACCUCCUCCACUACGCCCUCCUCAUCCCCACCGACGCCCUCUUCAUCGCCCACCACCUCGCCACGCUCUACGUCCUCGCCACCUGCCGCUUCGCCUUCUCCCACGGCGCCGUCGCCGUCCUCCGCAUCCUCGCGCUCGCCGAGGUUACUUCGCUCUGUCAGAACGCCUGGACCCUCGCCGGAUACCGGCGCCGGGAUUCGGCCAGGGCGACGGCGCUGUUUGAGUUCCUGUCGCCGCUCUUCUAUGGCUUUUAUAGCGUGGUGAGGGGGAUUCUUGGGCCCUUGUACGUGUGCAAGAUCGGAUUUUUCUUCGUGGGUAGUGAUGAGAUUCCGCGGUGGGGUUGGGUUUCUUGGAUUGUUGUGAUGGUCGUGGGGAUUGGGUUGAGCGUUUUCUGGGUUCUGCAUCUCUGGCUUGACUUAUAUACACGCAGAGUCAACCACAAGAAAUCUUAGCAUCACUUCAUCUUCAUCAUUAUUCAUUUAUUGCAGAUUACAGAGACUCCUUUUUUUUUUCUUUCUCUUACUUGUGGUUUUCAUGAAUUGUUGAUAUUUGCUUUUCUUGAUAUGUGAUUCUGAAUAAAUCAAAGGAUUAGUGAUUUUGAACAUCUCCUGUUGGAGUUGGGAACCAAAAAGAAA